CGUCCACUAAGGUGACCGUAGCGGCCUGGGCAGCCCAUCCACAUGAUCACAUGACUCUGGACAUGGAUGCCGUCCUGUCGGACUUCGUCAGGUCCACUGGGGCGGAGCCUGGGCUGGCCAGAGAUCUGCUGGAAGGUAAGAACUGGGACCUGAGCGCUGCUCUCAGUGACUAUGAGCAGCUAAGACAAGUACACACUGUCAACCUGCCCACUGUCUUCAACGAGGGCCGUUACUACCGGCAACCGGACCACGACACCCCCCAGCACCUCAGCAAGGUGGAGCGGCCCGGUGUCCAGAGGCAGGAGGACAACAUGCAAGUACAGGAUGUGGGGCUUCCACGACAGAGACCUGGUGCUGAGGAAGUCUCUGUAUGGCAUGAUAUGAAGAGUGGAGCGGAGAGAGAGGCUCUGAAGAGGAGGUGGACGGUGCAGCAGACACAACAGAACAAAGAGUCAGGGCUGGUGUACACGGAGGAGGAAUGGGAGAGAGAAUGGAACGAGCUGCUGAAACUAGCUUCUAGUGAACCGCGUACACACAGCAGCAAGAACAACAACAAUACUGUAGGGGUGGAUAACUCAGAGGACCCUGUGUAUGAGAGUCUGGAGGAGUUUCAUGUGUUUGUCCUGGCUCACGUGCUGCGUCGACCAAUCAUAGUGGUGGCUGACACCAUGCUACGGGACUCAGGGGGAGAGGCAUUUGCCCCCAUCCCGUUUGGAGGGCUGUACCUGCCCCUGGAGGUGCCUCCUAACCUGUGCCACUGCUCCCCCCUGGUCCUAGCUUACGACCAGGCACACUUCUCUGCCCUGGUGUCCAUGGAGCAGAAGGACCAGCACCAAGAACAAGCUGUGAUCCCGCUGACCGACUCAGAACACAAGCUGCUAUCUCUCCACUUCGCUACGGACCCUGGGAAGGACUGGGAGUGGAGCCGAGACCACAACGACAACAUCAAGCUAGCCAAUUUAAUCCUGUCUCUGGAAGCCAAACUGAACCUGCUGCAUAACUACAUGAACGUAACAUGGAUCAGGAUACCAUCUGAGACCAGGGCUCCCCUGGCCCAGCCGGAAUCUCCCACGGCGUCCCACGGGGGCGACGACGUCCAGUCUCUAGCCGACUCCAUGGACUCCGACCGCGACUCCGUCUGCAGCAACUCCAACGUCAACAACGGCAAGGUCUCCGCGAAGGACAAGGAUCCCAAGGAGAAGACGGAGAGGCAGCAACAGCGUAAAGACAAGGACAAGACCAGGACGGACUCUGUGGCCAACAAGCUAGGCAGCUUCAGUAAAACCCUGGGUAUCAAGCUGAAGAAGAACAUGGGAGGUCUGGGAGGGCUGGUCCACGGAAAGAUCAACCGCUCCAACUCUGGAGGCAACGGCCGGAACAAUGGAGGAAAUAACGUAGAGAAGAAGAAGGAGAAAAGGGAAGCAAAAGCCCGGAAGGAUGGAGGAGGAGGAGAGAAGGAAGGCCAGUCUGCGAGUACGUCGUUCUCCUCGGACAAGACCACCAGCCCGUCUCCCACCGAGCGUCCCCCAGGCGUGCCCUCUCCUCCCGGGGAACGGGACAGGGACAGGGGGGGUCUCCUGGCCAGGCUGGUUGGGGAUAAGGCCCUGUCGGAGCACUGGAAGUACAGCACAGACGUCAAGCUGAGCCUCAACAUACUGAGAGCCGCCAUGCAGGGCGAGAGGAAGUUCAUCUUCGCUGGCCUUCUCCUCACCUCCCAUCGCCACCAGUUCCACGAGGAGAUGAUCUCCUUCUACCUGACCUCCGCUCAGGAGCGCUUCUCUGCCGAGCAGGAGACCAGGAGGAAGGAAGGAGAGAAGAAACCUGCAGCAAACUCUACAACCACGACUACUACGACCAACGGGCCCUCCAACGCCCUGAAGAAACCAGAGCAGGAGAGCGCCCCUCACCGGGAGAGAGAGAGGGAGAAGGAAAGAGAGAGAGAAAAGGAGAGGGAGAGAGACUUCAUCUCUUCCCCAGGCAGACACCACCAUAGCCAUACCCCUCACACCCCCCCACAGAUUGCCCUGAAGAUGCAGGGCCGCCACAGCCCCUCCCCCAACUCCUCCCCCAGCAACGAGGUCCGUAUCAUCCACCUGAGAGACGUCAACCUCCAGGCCCUCCAGGCACCCAGCUUCCAGCCGGACGACCCCCAGCCCAGCUACAAGCCUCCUCUGGUGGGCACCCUGAAGACCUGUGCCACGUACCCCCAGCAGAACCGCUCUCUGUCCUCCCAGAGCUACUCUCCAGCCCGACUGUCUGGGGUCCGUUUGGGCACCGGGGGUCAACCACACCCACCCGGGGGUCCCAGGCACCACGGAGCCCUACAACAUGCCUGGGAGCACAAGUCCCAUACCUAUACCAACGGCUUCAACACUAGCCACCAUACAGGACUGUCUGGAGUUCGCCGACGCCGACGUGCCUCAGACCUGGGGGAGCAGUAG